AUGGCAACUCACGAUAUCGUCAAGGAACCCAAUCUGGUCGCGGCACUCAACGCAUCACGCGACGCGCGUGUCCAAGCCCUCGCCCUUGUCGAUCAGGUCACAGCUACUGGUCCGGUGGAAAGCGCAUCUGCAGAGGCUCAAUUUGAGAUAUCCAAACAGCAAAAGUUAUUGAUUACGCACCUUGCCCAGGUUCGUGGUUUGCAUCGCGCAGCUACCUUCAGCACGCGGAAGACCAAGGCAGAAACAGCCGAGGCGCGUCAAGAGGUCGACCGGUUGCACCUGCAGCUUCAGAAUCUGUACUACGAGCAGCGUCAUUUGCAAGGCGAGAUUGCGGCUUGCGAGUCCUAUGACCACACAUACCAGCAACUUCCGCUGAUUCCGGUCGAGGAGUUCCUGGCACUGAAGCCCGAACAUGCCGAAGAUGACGAGAACGCGCUCAUGAUUGCCCGAAUCGAGCAUGAGCGCACCGAACGUGAAGGCUUGGAACAGAAGCGUAUGGAGCUUCUCAAGCGCAAGCAAAAACUGAUUUCGGACAACAAGAAGAGAAAGGACGACCUGGCCAACCUGGACAAGGAGCUGGAGAAGUUUAUCGACGCUGCGAAACCCAUUCAGAAGCUUUUCGAGAAGAAUAUUACCUAG